CCGGUUUUGCUGCUGUUUGCCCUGUUCAGCCAUUAUGCACAAUUUCGUCUCUGAGAAAUUCUAAAUCUGUUUUCGUAAAAGUAAAUCAUCAUGGUCUUAAAACACUUAUCAAAACUAUUAUUAUUAAAACCAUGUGCUUCUAGUUGUAAAAUUCAUCAUUUUGCCAAUAUUUCCCAGACCUGUUUAGAAAAUGAAGUUGGGAAGCAUAUCAAAGUACAGGGUUGGAUACGCGCUGUUCGGAAGAUGAAAGAAAUGGUCUUCAUAGAUCUGAGUGAUGGUUCGACUGGACAAUUUUUACAAGUUGCCGUUGAUAAAUCCAAGCAUACGACGACAGAUUUAACAUAUGGUAGUAGUAUUUCCGUUAAAGGUGAGUUAUCAGUUGCUCCUAAUGGUAGAAUGGAAUUACGCGCAGAAGACAUUAAUUUAAUUGGCAAGUGUGUGGUAACUGAUGGGUAUCCAUUCUAUCCAAGAAAAGUGUAUUCCAGUGAAUAUGUGCGAGAAUUUUUACAUUUUCGUCCACAAACAAAAUCUUUUGCGAGUACGUUAAGAUUACGGGACAUCGCCACUUCGGUUAUUAACGAUCAACUUCGAAAUCGCGGCUACAUUAACAUUAAUACUCCAAUUAUAACUUCGAACGAUUGUGAAGGAGCUGGAGAAGUGUUCGUCGUGCAACCAGACUCGCAGGAAAUUUUAAAAUCGAUGAAGAAAGAAGGGGUCAGUGAAGAAAGUAGUUAUUUUAAUACCAAAGCUUAUCUCACUGUUUCCGGACAAUUUCACCUGGAAGCAGCAGCGAGGGCUCUUACCAAGGUUUUUACAUUUGGUCCUUCGUUCAGGGCUGAAAAUUCAAAGUCUCGAUUACAUUUGUCCGAGUUUUAUAUGCUUGAAGCAGAAACUGCAUUUAUCACAUCUCUUAGAGAUAUGGCUGAGGAGAUAGAAAUUUUCGUGAAAAAUAUUACGAGAACUCUUGUAGAGAAAGGCGCUUAUGAUAUGCGUCAAUUGGGAUCGCCUGAACCAUCUUGGUUAGAGAAAGAAUUUAAUUACAUCACUUAUGACGAGGCAGUGAAUAUUUUGGAGAAUCAUGGAAAUCGACUCACGUUUCCUCUGAAAUACGGAGAUCCUUUAUCCAAGGAGCAUGAAUUAUUUUUAGUAGAUCACAGCAAUGGACCUGUUUUCGUCGUCAAUUGGCCCAAGGAAGGCAAACCCUUCUACAUGCGAGAAUGCGAUGACGAUUCUUCAAAGGUGGAAGCAUUGGAUCUUCUUGUGCCGAACGUCGGAGAACUUAUUGGAGGCAGUUUACGUGAAGAUAAUUAUGAGAAAUUACAGUUAAAAAUGCCACCGAAUCCAAAUCUUGCUUGGUAUUUAGAACUUCGCAAGUUUGGUAACGUGCCAACCGGAGGAUUUGGAAUGGGUUUUGAAAGAUAUUUACAAUUUGUUCUUGGCAUUGCCAAUAUUAAAGACACCAUUCCUUUUCCUCGAUGGCCACAUAACUGCAAUUUGUGAAUAAAGUUUUUCAGGGUUCCUGUCUAUUGAUUUAUCCCCUGGCCAACAACAAAUGAUAUGAUAGUUAGAAAAUUAUCAUAUCAACAGAAAAGAGAAACUUUAUGCUGUUUAAACGUCAUUUUACUUGGAACUAAACAUCGUGAGGAGAAGCUUGAAAAUACGCAACGAAAGUAAUCAUCUUCUUCUUCUUCUUUUUCUUCUUCUUUUGAAGAAAGGACAAUUUAGAAGUAAUUUCUUCUCCUCAAGGUGAAUAGUGAAUGACUUCAUUGUAAUUGACGUUUCUACGAAAUCGAUGCUUUCAGGUCUUACCUCAAACUGCAAGUUUUCAUCCAAUGUUUCGCUUCUUCGUCGACUAACAAAGUGUCAUCAUCGAGGAUUUCGAAUUCCUUUCAAAGAUUUUAAUUUCGCUUCGUCCGAUUUUCUUUUUUCAAUUAUUUUCUACUUUUAGAAAAUAGUUUUCGAUUCACAAAUAGAAGAGAAAAAUUCUAUAAUCACAAAUGGAUAAAAUUGUAAUUUAAAGAAUUUAAAUAAUUAAACAGAGGAAAGGUGGAUAAUCGUAAAAAAAAGAAUCAAUAUAUUGCUUAACUAAAUUUUUAUUUUAAUUAAUCUAACACCAAGUACAAAUUAGUUUAAUGCUUUAUUUGUUUUUAAUAUUACGUUUAUUAUUAUACUCAUUAUUAGCAGAAUUAAUCUAACAGAUUGAAAUUAUUUUUUUAAAGUAAACUUUAUUCUUAAAUACGAUUCUCUUGAAUAAUCGAAUAAUUCGCAUUCAAGUAUUUAGAAUUUUUUUAGAAUAAUAAGGGAUAAACGAAAAAAAGAAAAUAAUCAAAACCCCCAUUAUGUAACAAAUGUUUCAUUAUUUUUUUUUUACUUUGAAAAUAAUAUUGGUGAAAAAAAUUGCAUCAUCAGCAGUAACAUUUUUUUCCGAUCUAUGUAUACAGUUUUUAAACGCAUAUCACACAUUUUUUUUUGUACAGCAUUUUAACUUAUUAAAAAAAAGGCGGCGAAACUCUUUCUCUUUGUCGAAAUACUGACAAAAAAAUUGAAUAAGUAAUCUUAUAUCGCACAAUUUACUUCUCAUCAUUUAAAGUACAAAUCGUAUGAAAUUCUAUUAUGCAUUUUGUUUUGUUUUUCUUUCUUUUCUCGAUACGAUUAUCGAAAAAAUGCUAAUAUCUUUAAAAUCAUCUUAUUUAACUAUGAAAAAAAACUAUACAGCGAAAUUAAAGACACAAGGGCGAGGGAAUUUGUGAAACGAAAAAUAUCAUCUCCCCUGUGUCUUGAAUUAAAUUAUUUAUGUACAUUUUCUUCUCUCAUUCUUCUCUCACAUAUUCUCUCAUUAAAAUUCAUUUAAUCUUACGUCCAUUUUUCAGUAACUUAACAUAAUCCUUAAUAAUAAUUAAUUAAUAAUUCCCCUUUUGAAAUAACACAAUGCAAAUGAAAACGAAACAUUCGGCAAAA